GUCUUUCAUAGAGUCACAUAAGUUAUGUGUAUACAUAUUUUAAUGAGUUAAUUUUUAUAGCUUUUCAAAAAACCUCAAGUUAUUUAGUCCAAUUUUAACCGAGAUAUUCUAUUUUGAACAGUGUCUACUUACUUUUGCCUAUCACUGUAUAAAACAAGAAUACAAGGAUACGGUUUCUACGCGUUAUCCGAGUUGCAAUAAACUGUUACUAUACAGAAAUAUAGUUCGCAGACACGAAACGAGUUGAUGCAAUUCAACAUAAUCGUAUUAUUUGUUUACGAAAACAACGAACUUGUUAAAAUAAAUACAUUUACUAUGCAUUUUAACAUUGGCCUAUAUACAAGACAGAUUGUCAAAAAAAAGUCCGUCUCAAAAUUUCAAUAAAAAAAAAAAAUGAAGUAGACUGUGUCUUAACAGGCGUAAGCAAGCUAAUACCAUAUAAUUUUAGUAUUAUAACUGCUGUAAAUGAAAUUUUAUACUCUGUAAUAUGUACAACUGAGAAGGAAAUCAUGAAAAAAACGACAAAUCAAACAUCUAUCGUAACAUUUACAUUAAAUUCAUAAGUAUUUGCACGUUUAAAAACUAUUUCAAUGUCCGUUUAAGCGAGACUUGUACAUCAUGUUGUGUGAUUUGAUAAAAUAAAUAAUUUUAAGUCUUCUUUAUUGUCUUGUUCCUAUUUUUUCUUUUUCAAUUAUAUAUCCAUACAAAAUGAUUCGUUAUUCUGAAAUUUCGUACUUGGAUAUCAAGUAUCUUGCCCGCAUAAGUAUAAAACAUCUGCAUCCACUCCCAUCUGUUCAACACAUGAACAGGAAACUUCUUAUUAAAGUUUUAAAUUACUCGAAGCUAAGUAAGCUGGCCUUCAGACUUUCGUUUACUUUACGUAAGAAAAUGUAAGAAUCAAAGAACAUAGGAACUCCUAUCAUUCAGAAAACGAUUCUAUUUGUUGCAUAAUCGAUGUAACGCUUCGCAUUUCGGUGAAAGAUAAGUGGUUCAAGGUUUAACACGGUGUUCGUGUAUGUGUAAUAUAUGAAAGUAGGAGAAUUGUAUAGCUACACAUUUCGAAGAAAUACAUAUACCUAUGUGUAUGGUGUCAUUGAUGCCGUUCAAAGUAACAACAUGUGUUCCCCUGUUGUAUGAAAUGUAUGUUUGAAGAAUAACGCACAAUUAUUGAAUUUAAUGAAAAAAAAGGGAACACAAAGUAAUGAAUAUUACUUUCUUAUCAUUGAUGACUGAAAUAAUACUGUCAUCAAAUUAAACACCUAUAAUUGAUAUACUAUGAAAAUCGAUGAUAUAAAUACAUCCAUACAGAUUUUCAAAUAAUUAAGUAUCAAUGAUUACUUAAAUAUUUAUUCAUACUACUAGUAAUGGAAGAAGGUGAUAACCUGUUAGAAAAUAUACAAGAAGCUUUCUUAUCUUUAAAUAAGAGUUAUCUGGAACAAGGUGCAUCACUAGCAGAUCUGAAAUCAAUUGGCAUAAAAAAUGAUGCAAAACAUAAGAGAAGUUUUUAUUUUCAUUAUGUAUGUUCCAAGAAAGUACUGCUUGCCAUUUUUACACCAAUAUUUUGUAGCGUAUUUUUUAAAUACCUGUACACUGAUGUAAUGAAAAGUAUUCGCGAAACAAGAUGCUUAAUACCUAACAAUUAUUUCAUAUGGGAGUUUACAAGACCAAUAUCAAAUUGUGAUUAUUGUCGUGGUAUUACUUCAGCUUUGAUCUUGCCAAAUUUAACUAGAGAAGAAUUUAAGCGAUACGCUUAUUCUUCUAGGCCUAUGGUGAUAAAAAAUGCUGCAAGUCAUUGGCCAGCUUCGAAGGUAUUUAGCUGGAAAUUUUUCAAAGAUUUAUAUGAAAAUAUUGAUGGUGCUUAUGAUUCAGUAGAUGAAUGUCAGUUUUUACAUUUCAAAAGUAAUCUCACUAAUUUACAUGAUGUUUUUGCAAUGAGCGAAGAAAGAGCCUUGCAACUUAAUGGAAAAGAUCCCUGGUAUGUUGGUUGGAAAAACUGCAACCUUCAGGUUUUGGAUGCGAUGAAAAAAUAUUAUAGUCUACCUCAUUUUUUGCCAGAAGAUGUAGAAGUACCUUAUUCCAAUUAUGUUUUUUUGGGAUACGAAGAAGGUGCUAUCAUGCAUCUGGAUUACAUCUCACGUCUCAUGUGGCAAGGACAAAUUAUAGGCAAUAAAAGUUGGACUGUUGCUCCGACACCAGAAUGUGAUAAUGUUUGCACACGUUUUAAUUUUACUGUUUAUGCUGGAGACAUUGUUCUUUUAGAUACAAGAAUUUGGUAUCAUGGCACUUACGUUAAAGAUGGAAGCUUCAGUUUCACAGUCACCUCUGAAUACGGGUAAACUUCUAUAUAAGGUGUCUCUAGUCUGGUGCCU